AAGAAGAAAAAGAAGCCGAAGAAGACUCGUGUGCUGAAGUUAAUUUGAUCAGCAUCGCUUAGUGGGUCGUGGAAUAGUCUUAUAAGAUAGUUAACAUUACACUGUGUAAAGAUGCAUGUUGUAAUUCGAUAAGGGGUUCUGGUGUUUUAGGGAAAUGUAUGACUGUUUGCAGUGAAGAUGUCUUCAGUUCCGCCCCAGAGAGAGAUCAGCAACGAGCAGGAAACUCCUGCUGAAGAAACCUUCAUGGAGUUCAAAGAAGUGGCCGUGAAGCCAGAGGAAGAGAUGGAUGAUCAGCUCAGGCUGCUGGAGCUCAGCCGGAUCCCCCCGAUAAUCUUACAGCGAAUAGAUCCCCCAAAAUAUAGUGUGUGUAAAGAAGAGGAGGUUUACACUGAGCUCAGCAACCAAAAGGUGGAUUCCUCUUUAGAUGAAGAGGAACCAGAUCCUCGGCAGAUAAUAAAGGAGAAAGAAGAACAAGAGCAUCAAAUGUUUGGCGAGAAAGAGCAGCAACUCCCCAUCAAUCAGAUUGAAAAGCCACUUGUGCUGAAACAGGAGACCGACAUUUUAAUAAUUCAUUCUAAUGUGCAAAGACUCCACAAUGAAACAGAACAAUACAGGAACCAUCUCAUCUCUCAGGCCUCCGCUGAAGUUGAGAACUGGGAUCAGGAAGGAAACAAUAAUGAUGACCCAAGAAAAAGGAUAGAAGAGCAGAAGGAGAAUGACAAAUGUGAGAAACACAAACAUGCAGAAAAGGCAAUGCUGAAAUUACAAAGCAAAAAACCAACAAGCAAAGUCACCCCAACCAAAAUAUAUAUUCUUGUCUAAUUGGUUAUAAAAACGUUUCUCAAAAAAGUCACCUGAGUACACACAUGAGAACACACAAGGCGAAAAAGCCUUUGACAUGUACAACCUGUGGAAAGAGUUACAUUAGUAGAACUGGUUUAACUCACCACAUGAGAGCUCACACAGGUGAGAAACCUUUCACCUGUGUGAACUGUGGAAAAUGUUUUAGUCUAAAAGGCAAUUUAAAAAAUCACAUGAGAACUCACACAGGUGAGAAGCCUUUCACCUGUGUGAGCUGUGGAAAACGUUUUAGUCUAAAAAGCUAUUUAAAAAAUCACAUGAGAACUCACACAGGUGAGAAGCCUUUCACCUGCACCACCUGUGGAAAACAUUUUUGUCAAGGAAAGGAGUUAAAAAUUCACAUGAGAACUCACACAGGUGAGAAGCCUUUUACUUGUACAACCUGUGGAAAGAGUUACAGUGAUAGAAGUACUUUAACUUGUCACAUGAGAGCUCACACAGGUGAGAAGCCUUUCAAAUGUACAACCUGCGGAAAGAGUUACAGUGGUAGAAGUGGUUUAAUUCAUCACAUGAGAACUCACACAGGUGAGAAGCCUUUCACAUGUUUGACCUGUGGACAAAGUUUUACUCGAAAAAGUCUUUUCCAAAUUCACACGAGGGCUCACACAGGUGAGAAGCCUUUCAAAUGUGCGACCUGUGGAAAGAGGUACAUUGAUAGGAGUAGGUUAACCCGUCACAUGAGAACUCACACAGGUGAGAAGCCUUUCACAUGUACAACCUGUGGAAGGAGUUACAGUAAUAGAACUAAUUUAACUCGACACAUGAAAAUUCACAUGGAUGAAAAGCCUUCUCAUGUGAGACCUGUGGAAAACAUUUUAGUCUAAAAAACUGUGUAAAAAUUCACAUGAGAACUCACGUAUAGUGAUAGAGGUGGUUUAACUGUUCACCUGAGAAGUCACAGAGGUGAAAAAGCCAUUGUUCUGGAUGUUAGUUGAAAAGAAAUCAGACAAAAAUCAUGAUAUAAAUGUUAAUUAAAAUGGUUACAAAAUA